UCCAAGCUACCUCCGCUGGCCUUCGCCUUUGACAUAGAUGGUGUUUUGCUAAGAGGUCCCCAUACGAUACCCGCGGCUCGGCGCGCCCUAGACAUGCUCAAUGGAGCAAAUCCAAUGGGAGUCAAGCUGCCAUUCAUACUGCUCACCAAUGGGGGUGGUGUCGGCGAAGAAGUCCGCAGGCGCAAGCUGAGCUCGCAACUCGGCGUCGAUCUCGAGAUCAACCAAAUUGUCCAAGCACACACCAUCCUCCAGUCUGUCUCACACAAAUACGAGGACAAGCCUGUUCUAGUCCUCGGCGGCCGCAACGACGACGUUCGCAAAGUCGCAGAAGGGUACGGUUUUAAGCACGCGUACACGACGUUGGACGUCCUCGCCUGGAAACCAGAGGUUUGGCCGUUCCACGAUCUCUCGCCCGAAGAGCGGGCUACCGCGAAGCCCGUAGAUUUCUCCCGCACGCCCAUCUCUGCCAUCUUCGUCUUCCACGACCCGCGAAACUGGUCGCUCGACAUCCAGGUCAUGGUCGACGUGAUUCGCUCGCGCGGCCUCAUCGGCGAGUCCUAUCUCGACACGCCCGCAGAUCAGCAGCCGGUAGAGCUCGUGUUCUGCAACCCCGACCUGCUGUGGAAGUCGGACUUCUCGCAGUCACGGUUGGGGCAGGGCGCAUUCCGGGAGGCGUUCCAGGCCGUGUACAAGGCGGUCGUAGGCAAGGCGUAUCCGUAUGUGCAGUACGGGAAGCCGACUAAGGCGACGUACGAGUUCGGGGAGAUGUUCCUCCUGGAUCAGUUGGAAGAAUUGCACUGCGAGGCCAUCCCGUAUCUGCUGACCCGAUACACUGACAUCUCAGAUAACCCGGAAUCUGACAUCGCAGGCGCGAACGGGGCCGGGUGGCGGUCUAUCCUCGUGAAGACAGGGGUGUACGACCCCGCGCGGGGUCCGCCGACGCACACGCCAACGCACACGGCUGAGAAUGUGGCGGAAGCCGUCAAGUGGGCGAUUGACCGCGAGCUGGCCCGUGGGGCGAGCUGA